AUGCCAGAGGCCAUAGCGACAAGCAAGCGUAAGUUCUACAAGGCGCUGGACGCUCUUACCAAUGCCACCGCGCCACCAAAGACUGUCUCCGAUACGCCUUCCUCGUCCAGCGCUGAGCGAUCGUCUGCCGCUGCCUUCGAUGAAGCUCGAGAGCGCGUGCGGAAGCGACUUCGACACAGCACCUCGACCGGCUCGCUUGAUGCGUCGGUGAUAUCCUUGUCGCGAGGCAAGAACGCUCCCAAACCCAACAGCACUCCCCCACACUUCUCGCCAUGGUCACAGGAAACAUUCCUCGCGCGCCUGAAGACCUUCAGCAGCGUGUCUUUGUGGCAUCCGAAGCCAGAUGUUGUCAACGAAGUCGCCUGGGCAAAGCGUGGAUGGGUUUGCGUGGACGUGAACACGGUCGCCUGUCGCCGUGGCUGUGAGAGAAGAGUCGUCGUCAGUCUUGAUAUACCGACCAAGCCAACGCCCGCUGAAGAUGACGCCGACGAUGAGAAUGAGGAGGACGAGGAUGCCACAUCAGCGCUCGAGGAAGCGCUGGCAGAGCGCUACAAAGCCGAGAUUGUGGACGGUCAUGCUUCAUCGUGUCUCUGGCACCAGCAAGGCUGUAAGGACGACGUUUACCGCUUGCCAGUAGUACGCCCGUCGGUUUGGCAGCCGGAGUUGAGACAAAGACUUCAUUCCAUAUCCGCCAUAUACGGUUCUGUGGAGCACAUCACCACCCGAACUGUCGAUACGUCCAGCCACAAGUUGGUACACGAGCUACCGCACGAUGUGCUGGGCAUCACUACGCCACCAGACCAGCAUAUGAGCAAAGCAUUCGAGAUCGCAAUGCACGGCUGGCGCGGAGUCUCAGACUCCGGUAAUCAACUGCUGACAUGUGAUGCCUGCUUCCAACGAAUUGGGCUCUGGUUGUAUCAGCCUGACUACAAGCGUCCCCGGAGCAGGAGCUCGGAUCACGAAGAGGAUGCCGACGAUGCCGUGCUAGAUCUGGUGGAGACACAUCGAGAUCACUGUCCUUGGAGGAAUUCGCAGACACAGCAAGCCACAGGCAGUCUGCAUGGCUUGAACGCUAUUCAGAUCCUGCAGCGUGUAGUCGCAACCGCAGCACGAGAUCAUCGGCGGCGAUCUGAUCGUCUUCGUGCUGAGAACGACGGAGAGGAAGUAGACGAUGAAGGGACUCCUCAGUCACAAGACUCGCCGGUGCGACUGUCCAGAGCAGAAAUCGCAGAACAAGAUAAGGCGCGCGAAUCGCGUCUGCGCAAGCUCAAAAAUCUCUUCAACAUCAAAAGACGACCGACGACGAAAGCGCCAACACAGAAAUUUUUGUAG